UGCAAUACCUGAUCUCCUGCGGACUCUCUCCCGCCGCCGCGGCCGCCCACAAGUUCCCAAUCCGCUCCACCGCCAAGGCCGACGCCGUCCGCGCGCUCUUCCGCAACUACGGCUUCACCGACGCGGAGAUCGCCGACCUAGUCCGCCGAUUACCGCUGAUCCUCAUCCUCGACCCCGACCGUAUCCUCCGCCCCAAGCUUGACUUCUUCGCCUCCCUCGGUGUCAGGCCACGGAAGCUCGCCAGCAAUCAUAUCUUCCUCACGCGCAGCCUCGACAAGCACCUCGUCCCCUGCAUCCAGUUCCUCCGCAGCAUCCUCGGCACCGAUGAGGACGUCUGCCUCGCCAUAUCGCGCACCCCACGCGCCCUCAUGUCCGACCCGGAGAAGACCAUGCGCCCCGCCGUGGACACCCUCCGCCGCCUCGGGCUCCCCGAGGAGUCCAUCUCGAAGCUAGUCAUCAUCGAGAUGGGCGUGCUCAUGAUGUCGCCCGAACGCAUAUGCCAGAUCUUCGAGGACCUCAAUGAGCUCGGCUUGGGCGUAACGGAGAAGGGCCUCCCUAGAUGCAUCCGCGUGUUAUGCGGCAUCAGCAGGGAGACAUGGCUGCAUAGGUUGGCCCUGUACCGGAGCUUCGGGGUGUCUGAUGAUGAGCUAAACAGGGCGUUCAAGUGGCAGCCGACGAUACUGAGCUGCUCUGAUGAGAUCAUAAAGAAGAAGCUCCGGUUCUUCCUGGAUGAGCUGAAGCUUGAACUAAGCGAAGUAAUGAGGAAAUCUAAGCUUAUAGGAUAUAGCUUGGAGAAGAACAUCGUACCAAAGUGCGCCGUACUAAGCUUGUUGAUGAGGGAGGGAAAGAUUGGGCCCAACAUCAAGUUGAUUUCGGCAUUGCUUUGUAGUGCCAAGAUGUUCUCCACAAAGUAUGUAUUGAGGUAUGCUCACGAUGUGCCAGAUGUUGUUAAGGCGUAUGAGGGUAAGAUUACAUUUGAAGGUUUCAGGGAUCAGGAUGGUUUAGUUCCGCUGAAGCUGUGAGGCAAGUUUCCACAAGGUUGGAUGUUGUUAGCAGUAAGCCGUGAGCUGUACUUUCCUAUUUUGUACCUUCCUAUUCUGCUCUAGUACACGGCAUGGCCCAGGGAGUUGGGAUGACAACCCUCAAUCACGAGCAUGCCUUAUUAGGCUAUUGCCUAGUUUACUAUUGCCUAGUUUACUGUUGCCUAGUUUAGUGAUUGGCUUAUUGCCUUAGAUAGCUAUGUAAUCAGCUAUAUAUAGUGAACUAUAAUCAGAGGAAAAGCUGCCUCAUUGCAGCCCAAAA